CUUUGAAGCCUACUACCUCAAGCAUGCAAGGAGGAAAAAGAAGAUCAUCGUCAAAGCGAUAUACCAACAAGUGUGCUUCUUUGGUUAAGGAGCAGCGUGCUCGUCUCUACAUCCUACGCCGCUGUGCCGCCAUGCUUCUCUGUUGGUACAUUCAAGGAGAUGACUGACCCUUCUUGCUUCUUGCUUCUUUGCUCAUUAGGGAUUGCUUGGCUACAUUGCACUCUGCUGUCAUCCACUACUCUACUCGCUCUCUCUUUUUGACCCAUGGCUGGGUUUUGUUGCUGAUAGGAGACCUAGCUAGCUUUGUAUGUGGUGGAUUCCCUCAGUGCUGCAUGCUUUUUCCACAAUCUCAUGAUGACCAUCAUGCAAGCCCUGCAUCAAUUACUCUCUAUCAUCACUCUAUCAAUUGUCCAAUAACGAAAACAAGAUUAUUUGUUUGCUCUAUAUUAUUUUUAAUUCAAUCAUGAGAAUAUUAUGUUAUA